UUGCAGGUUACGAUCAUCGUGGCGGCUCUUGUAGUGGCCGCCAUGGCCCGCCCUGAGUCUCCCCCUGUCUACGGGGCUCCUCCACCCCCACCAUCGCAGGCUCCUCCCAAGUACGACUUCACAUGGGCUGUGAAGGACCAUUACUCUGGUAACGACUUCGGUCACCAGGAGUCCCGGGACGGCUACAACACUCUGGGCUCCUACUACGUCCUGCUUCCCGACGGUCGCCUCCAGAAGGUGACCUACACCGUCCACGGCGACUCCGGCUACGUGGCCGUAGUCACCUACGAGGGCGAGGCCAAGAUCCCUACACCCAAGCCUGUCUACGGCGCCCCCGCCCCUAUCUACGCCUAAGUCAAUACCGACAACGAUAACGAAUGUGGUUAUAUUUAUUGUGUAUUACACUAUGUCAUCUGGGCUAAUUUAUGAAUAAACAUAA